AUGUCCCUACAAGUGCUCAAUCCUUUGCCUAGCCCUCGAUGCUCUCCCCUCUUAUCUCCAAGUAGCAACAAAAACAGCCAAUCCCAACAGCAAUAUUCCCUACAAUUCCAGUGCCGAUGUUCCUCAACAGAAUCAGCCUCUUCAGCGGGACCUUCUCAACUCUCGUCAGCUAACGGAAGUCCAAAACACAUCACCACCGCCACCCACCGUCCCGAGACCACCUACUUUCCCGUCUCCAUGGCGGCUUCAAGAAGCAAUGACAAAUUACGUAGGGUACGCUUUCGACCUUCACCUCUGCCUGUCAUUGCAACUACCGUUACAUCGGUGUCAGAGGUUAAGUCGUCUUGUGAAGGCGAAAGCACUAAAGCCGAUUCCGCAGCGCCAAAAGAAGGAAAAAGCGCAGAAAACAAAAAGAAAGAGAAAAGUAAAAAGGAAAAUGAUCCCGUUGAAUCGCUAGAAGUCCCCGAUAUCAAUGAAAUAAUCACUACAAGUGCAAAUAUCACCUCAAAGACUUCGACCACUGCAUCUAUUCAUUUUGCAUCACGAUUCAACUUCCCAAAUCGUCGAAAGACCCCUCCACCAAUGGCAAUCAGGGUCGAACCCUCCGACUGUCAGACUGACGCCACUGUGGCUACGGCAACAGUUAACGUUGCACCCACACCCGAAAAUCUUUUAGCCAAUGUUACAAGAAAAAUUAAUAUUCUUCAACGACAAAGCACGAUUGAUGAUAAAAGUUAUGGCUCAAAAGCUGCUCAAGGUCAGUUCCCAUCUGGAUAUAAACGACAUGGAAGGCUUUCUUUGCGCCCCUCGCUACAUGUUUUUUCCGCAAUUCGUGGUUCCCUUAAAAGUGUUGACGAUGGUACCGCUCCUGUCAACCCCUUACCAAAUGGUGUGAUCAAAUCCUCAACCAUUGACUCACCAAAUAUUCCUUAUUCCUCUUCCCAACUACCCUCCCGUCGUAUCACUCGAUUUUCCUCCCUUCUACGGGCUUCUGGUGAUGUAUCUGCCGAGACGGAAGCAGUCGAUAUUCCAGGAGGUGGAGAUCAAAAUAGUUCUGUGAAUGAGUUUCUUCCUCACCAUCGUGCUGUCCUCGUGGAAUUUCUAUGCUGCUGUUGCUGUCGUUCAAACCAAUGUUGCGAUCGUAAUGGAGCUUACACCAGUAGUACAAAUGAAAGUUAUUCAACAGGUUCUGGCAGAUUACAUCGUGAUAGUAGCGGUCGUGGAGACGGUAGUAGCUCAGAACGAAGUCGAGGCGAUUACUCUAAUCUAAUCGAAAAUCAUCGAUUAGCUCGUCUUGUUACAUUUUUGUCAAUUCUAGCGAUUCUCAUUCUUGUAUUCUGGUAUAUAGGUAAAUUGAUCCUUGAACAACAAUCUGGCCUCAAAACAAACGCUUCUUCCUCCUCUCCCUCCUCCAUCUCAAUCUCCUCCUUUGAUUGGGUAGAUGAUUGA